AUGUCUGUGUCUGCAUCCGUUUCCGCCUCCGCCUCCUCCAACCUCCCAUCCGAUUCUCGCUCCUCAGGACCCCUCCGUCGUCUGAGCCAACUGCGUGCCUAUACGCAGCAGCAUUUCUCCUCCUCCGCUUCCUCUUCCUCCUCCUCGCACCCUCCUGCCUCGUCAUCAUCGACCAACGGUCCCCGCAUCUCGCGUCGUCAUACCCUCAGCAGUCGAGUUUCCUGGUUUUCUCCCGCCUCCACUGGGACCGAAUCUUCGCAACUCUCGCCUGUGGGGUCUCGCUCGUCGGGCCCAUGUCCCGAAAGUGAGCAGCCAUCCACUCUUGCCCGCUAUAGUGCGGUUUUUUUCCCCAGCUACCGCGGCCUCGAGCUCGACUUGCGUUCCUCCCGCCAGUCCGACCUGUCCAGCUCUUCUCCUUCCAACAACCAAUCCGGUGGCCGUCAGACGACAGCUCAAGGCACGACCAUGGCGCGGCCCAGAGGUGCCUCUCAGGCGCUGGAUGCGAGACCCGAUCUCGAUGGCACCAGUCCAUCGGCCUCGUCCAACCUUCACGCGGGAGCCCUCGACUCGUCCGACCCCGUGAUGUCGGAGAACCCGUCGACUGCGUCCCCGCGACCGAAGCAGAAAGCGACCAUCCGCUUCUUCCCCCAUCAAGACACCCAUCAAAGCUCCCGACCCUCCUUGCCCUUCAUCCCCGUCUCGCGAACGCUACCGUCUGAAAGUUGCGUCAUCCGAGUUGGUCGGUACUCAGAACGCGAUGGCCUGCCCGUGGCCAACCCAACAGACCCCUCCGAUGCCCCGGUCGGGUUCAAGUCGAAGGUUGUGAGUCGGAAACACUGCGAGUUUUUAUACCUGAACGGCCAGUGGCAUAUCAAGGAUGUUGGAAGCUCGUCGGGGACGUUUCUCAACCACAUGCGCUUGAGCCAGCCGAACAUGCCGUCUCGGCUGUAUACUGUGAAGGAUGGAGAUAUUGUGCAGCUGGGGAUUGACUUUCGGGGAGGCGAGGAGAUGAUUUUCCGCUGCGUACGUAUACGGAUCGAGUGUAAUCGGUCCUGGCAGCAGCAGCCGAAUGAAUUCAAUAAAAACACCGAGAGUCUGAUUCGGAAUUUGGGCAAGGGAGAUACAGCGGAUUAUUCUGGAUGUCGGGAAUGCUCCAUUUGUCUUGGUUCUGUUCUGCUAAUUUGUUUGAAGCGGCCUUACCAGUGUUUGUUCAUGGCAGCCUGCGCCCACGUCUGGCAUUACAAAUGCGUUAGUCGUCUUAUCCACACGCCAGACUACCCCAUGUUCCAAUGUCCCAACUGCCGUGCCUACACCGAUUUAAGCGCCGAGGUCGAUGAUACAAACGAUUUUGACGAGGAGGACGAGAAGAAGGACACGCCAGAGGACAAGCAGGACACCACCGAUGCAUCUCGGUCACAAACGAAUUCGCCCCAGUUGGAGGCUCAGCCAGCCCCUUCUGGCGACGAACCCCGCCAUGACAACCUGCCGGCCGAGGCAGGCCUCGCUGCCAAUAUUGAGAGCAUGCGUCUGCAAGACACAGAUGCAUCCGAUGAUGCGCGGCGUCCCCCCGCUCCCACGUCCAACAAUGAUGGCACUCCUGCUAUUGCCGAUAACGAAGUCCCUGGCUGGCAGUCCGUGACCCAGUCACCCAAUGCUCUACAGGCCCGCCAGUCCCACCUGCGUGCGGACACCCCUGUCCGGUCGGAGUCAUCUGAGGACAAUCCUCUGACGCCAUUGAACGAUUCGGGGCCCCUAGCCCUUGACGGCCGGGCCGCCAUGCCCUGAAGCAACGAGGAGUGUGGUCGCGACAUUAUUGGAUAGAUCGCUCCGAUCCGCUCCUCAAUCAGCUGUAUUUGGCUUCUAGGUUUGGACAACCCUUGCAUCCAGUCCACAGGACUGAGUCGUCAUUGAUAUGUGCAUCCCUAUUGUCGCUUUGGUUUGAUAUCUUUUGUCUUUUGCAUUCUCGAGCCGUAUUCUCAUGUCCCAUUGUUAUUAGCUUCUUUAAGUCCCAGCAUUGAGCAU